AUGGCCACUUUGGCGCAGUCACAUACACCAAUCGGCGCACCAGAGAUGCUCGAUGGACUGCCAACUUCUCUAUCUGGAACAUCGAUAAAGAGUCGAAACUCGGAUGGGAGGAGUCCGAGAUGUGAGGCUUUCGUGAUGACCGGCGAUAAAAUCCUCAAUCUCACUCCAAAUAUCUCACCCAGCUAUGCAAAGAUUGCUCGAGAACAACUCCCACCCCAAAUGACCAUCGCCGAGUCACCGCGCUUUUCACCGACCGAUUUUCAUUCGGUUCGUCGAAGUCGGAUUCCGCAAAGGAGAGAUUUGUUCAACAAAUCUCAGAGCUCAAAGGAGGGAUCAGAGGAGGCGACAACACCCAUCAUUGCUGAAGAGUUCAUCGAUAUUCAUCAACAACAAACAAGCGAUCAAAUAAUUGAAGAUAUGGAAGCAAAAAACUCGCCUGUUCACGAAAAACCAUCAAAAGAGUGUGUCGAUUCAGCGAUGCAGACAUCGAUUUGUGGGAUUACUUCGACCUCUUCACAUCCACAACUCUGUCAAAGGACAUCGAGCUCGGAUACAUAUGUUAUUAACACCGAUAGUCCGGCACGAGAGAGCGCGGUGACCGUACACGCAGUGAAUGGCUAUCAUCACAAUCACCAUCGAGCCAUCUCCAUCACACCAACUCCAUCCACUCAUUGCAGUCCAUCCACGCAUCGUGUUCUCUCCUUUUCCUCAUCCUCUGUCUCAAAUGAUCGUCUCGGUCAAGGGAAUCCAGCCACAAAGUUAGCUCGACAUUUGUUUUGUCUCAAUGGAUAUACAACAGCUCAAGUCUCACAACAGCUUGAUUUACAAAACGAAUUUGCUUUAUUGGUCACGGAUCAGUACAUGCAAUUGCAUCAGUUUCAAGGGAAACGGAUUGACGCCUCAUUGCGAGAAUUUUUGACAAGGGUUGAACUGAUCGGCGAGACGUCACAACGAGAGCGCCUCUUGCAGCACUUUUCUCGGCGAUAUUUCGAGUGCAAUCCGUCACUUUUCAACAAUUCUGACGACGUUCAUUCGCUGACCUGCGCCCUUUUGCUCCUCAAUUCCGACUUGCAUGGGCCGAAUUGCGGGAAAAAGAUGUCAGCUAGAGAUUUCGUUAAUAAUCUUAGCGGAACUGGCGGGAAUUACGAUGCGAUUUUGCUGAAACAACUCUACGCGUCGAUCAAACAGAAACCGAUUGUCGCUGAUGGUGAUGUUAAAAAGGAGGCCUCUUUGGGACGAGCGCUUCGAUUGGCAGAAGUCGAUCCGGAGAGUCAAGUCGAGUACAAAUCGGGUUGGGUGAUGAGGAAAAGUGUUUUCGAUUCGGAUGGGAACAAGACUCCUUUUGGGCGUCGUGGAUGGCGAAUGUGGUACAUGAGGUUGAGAGGGUUGGCCUUGUACUUUGAUCGGGAUGAAGAGGUGAAAAAGAAAUCCCGUUGGGAGACUUUCUCAAAUACAAUUCUCCUUCAUCACGCAAUCGCUGAACCGGCAAUCGAUUAUCCGAAGAAACAACAUUGUUUCCGUUUGAGGACUGCAAAUCUUGGGGAAUAUCUUUUUCAGACAAGCGACACUUCUGAAGUUGCCUCUUGGGUCUCUGAGAUCAAUUUUGUGUGUGCUUGUUUCUCCUCGCGAGCCCUUCCCCCAGCCGCUUCAUCGAAUUCAUUCAAUCGACCUCGUUUACCCGCUUUGCCUUCAACUGCCAGUCUACCCGAUCAAUUGAGGAAUCACGAGAGUGCGGGAAGUGCUUUGCGUGAGCAACUCGAAUCUGUUCGUCAAAAUGCUCCCCCAUUGAGCGCUCGUGGGCGAGCUGUGCACGAGUUUUUCUAUCGAGAACGAUUGCUUACAUCUGAGAUUGAACGCUAUGAGAAGUACGUGACAAUUCUGAGAAAUCGUCUUGGGCCAGCUGUAUUGGCAAAGCUUGGUGCCGGCUCAUCCGACAGCACAUCGGGCGUUCACAGUAAAUCGGAUAUCGCUGACGAUGUGGACAAGAUGUCCUACAAGGAAGCUCUUCAACAAAUGGGA